AUGACUGGAAUACGCCAAAUUGCUUCUAAUUCAUCUGAUGAAUACAAAAAUCUUUUAGCUAAGAUGAAAGAAAUGGAGAAAUCUAUGGUCGAUGUAUGUGGUGAACUCACCACGAUGCAUAAAGCCAUUUGUGCUGGCUUUGGACAAGGAAUUGGAUCCCAGACAUCUGCUUCUGUUCCUUUUGAUAAUCCUUCUGUUGCUGCCAGUUCCAUUGUCAGAAUUCCUGCUGGUAUUGCUUCUGAAAUCAGCUGUGAAAACAAGGACAAAGUCUUUUACAUGCGGAGGGACAAAUUUACUUCCAAUGAUCCUGCCCUUGUCAGUGCCAACGAGGCAAAGCCAAGGUGGAAAACAGAUGUCUUCUUUAAUAGAAGCCCUAACAAGGAGAUUGUUGCCAAUCUUCUUGGUUACCUGCUCCCAAAGUUUGUUGGGCAGGGUAUAAAAACAAGCGAAUUCCAUACUAUGGUGCACACAAACUUCCGGAGCACAACUCAUAAGAACAGAGAAGAUCCUAUGCACUUCAACUGCCGCAUAAUGGCAUAUGUGUUAAACAAAGAUGUCAUUGAUACUUUAAUGAAGAGAAACUGUUCUAGGCUGAUGAUCAGAUCAGCAAUGUCUGAAGGCGAGUCAGAGGAUGAGUUUCCUGGGAGACCUUGCAAGCACAUUGUAAAGGUUACCCGUCCUUUUUGGAGAAGUGAUGAGUUUAACAACCUCAUCUUCAACAUUGAUGGGAUUGUGAAAGAAAACUUGGGUAACAACAUUUGCCAGUUGUUAGACAGAAAUCUCGCCAGCCUGUCUGAGAAACCAGUUCCCAAUGAUGUCGCGUUAUGUUUCCCUCCGUGGACCCUUAGAGAUGGGCCACAAUAA